CCCUACGGUGGUCCGUAACCGGCGAUAAGUUUACUAAUACGGAACCAAUGCCAGAAACCAGUUCAUACAGGCCAUGUGUGACCAACCUCAAGCGGCUAUCCCCUGGGCUCUGCGGUCACGCAACACUAACCCUCUCUCUGUGUCAGGUACCCGAAGAAUUAAUCAACUUCUACGGUAUGGGCAGCCCGGAAGUAGCAACCGCCCAUACACUUUCAAAAGCAGACGAAGCCUUCCUGAGCAUCAUUCCCCUUUACUCACAUCACCUUCCUCAUCUUGCUUCUCUACUACAGUUAGGACUAUUCUUCAGGCUGGUGAGUCAACUUCACUUUACUCUGUGACCACGAACAACGGUGAGAGCCAUAGAAACACCCCAGAUAGCCUUCAAAGCCACGUCGCCAACACCACAUAGGAGCAUUUAACGUCAGGACC